AUGCCUCUACCGAGCAAGCGGCGCUGUGGAGCUGUGCGCCCGGCGCCGACCCGGAGGACAUGCAGGCAGCAGCGGAGGAAAGACGAGACGCAAGUGGUCUACGAUGGCGAGUGGAUGUACAACAAGGAGCACGGUGAGGGCACCUUCUACCAGCCCGACGGCGGCUACUACACGGGCAGCUUCUUCGAGGGCAAGCGCCACGGGCAGGGCCAGUACACCUCGCCCGCCGGCGACGUCAUGUUCAAGGGCGAGUGGCUCGACAACAAGCCCGUCACCAGCACGUCGCAGCUGAGACAACCGAAACAGUCGUCGAUGUCCGACGUGACCUCAAACCAGCCGGGCAAGCGCCUCUCCUUCACCAGGGAGCAGUCGCCCUCGACGGAGAUGCUGCCACCUCCCUCCACGCCGAGGGGUCAGGCCGCGCCGGCAGCGACCAAGGGCCACAGGCACCGGCACCGGCACCGGUUGUGGGCCCAAUCGGGCUAG